GUCAUUGUAGUUGUAUAUUACAGCUUGUAAUAACAGAGACAGAGCGAGCUGAGAAGAAGAUGGAGAGGCCACUGCUAUCGUCACCCGCCAUUGGUCGGAGAUCCGAUGCCAUUGCUCAUGGUACUCUUUAUCAGAAAGCUGCUGCACUCAUUGAUCUCGCUGAAGGUGGCAUGGGAAUACCAGAAGAGAUUCUUGAUGAUCAUUUAACCUUUGCAGAUGCAGUGAAAUAUUACUUUUUCUUUAUUCAUUUUAAUUGGAUAUGGUUCCUCAACAGUUUUGCUUUGUUGUAUCUCAACUUCCUGGAGAAACCAUUGUGGUGCGGCCAGGAUUUAGCAGUUUCAUGCCAUAACAGGGAUUACUACUUUCUGGGACAGCUGCCUCACUUAAAUGAGGCCGCAUCUCUUAUAUACGAGGGAAUUACUCUGGUUAUUCUCACAGCUCAUGUGAUCUUUCCGGUUUCAUAUGAAGGGUUUAAUCUCUACUGGAAGAAUAAUCUUCAUAAAGCAAAGAUCAUCUUCCUGCUAAUCUUGGUCAUUGAUAUAUUCAUUUAUGGGCUUUAUCUGUCUCCGGUGGCAUUGAAUUCUCUUCCAUUCCGAAUAGCUCCUUAUAUCCGGGUUGUUUUUUUCAUAUUAAACAUCAGGGUUCUGCGAAAGACCUUACUUGUCCUUGCAGGAAUGAUCGCCACAUUCUUUAACGUCGUGCUUUUAGGACUUCUGUUUCUGCUCUUCUCGAGUUGGUUAGCCUAUGUCGUCUUUGAGAACACGGAACAAGGAAGACAAGUAUUCACCUCGUAUGGUGCAACAACAUAUCAUAUGUUCAUCCUGUUUACCACAGCCAACAAUCCAGAUGUCUGGAUUCCCGCGUACAAAGAAUCGCGCUGGUAUUCCCUGUUCUUCAUUCUCUACAUGCUCGUGGCUGUUUACUUCGUCACCAACUUGAUCCUUGCUGUUGUGUACACGAGCUUUAAGGGUCAGCUAGCCAAACAAGUUGUUGCAAGGGAUCUUAAAACGAAUGCGAUUCUGAAAAAAGCCUUUAAUCUCAUAGAUGAAAAUGAUUUUGGAUAUUUGGACAAAGAACAAUGUAGUCAUUUGUUCAAGGAACUGAGCAGAUACAGUACAUUGCCGAAUAUCCCAGAAGAAGAUUAUGGGCUCAUAUUCCGUGAAUUGGAUAAUACCAAUGACUCUAAGAUUAGUUUGGUAGAAUUCACCGAUAUUUGUCAUGCCAUAGCAGUAAUAUUUCAGAAGGGGGAUUCCGUGCCUUGGUUAGAGAAAUUCCAAUUUUAUCGCGCACCCUUGUCUCAGAAGCUGAAAGCCUUUGUCCGGGGUCCUAGAUUCCGAUAUGUAGUCAUCUUUAUCCUGAUACUGAACGUUGUUACUGUUGUUGUCGAAACAACUCUUGACAUUCAAGACAAAUCUGGGCAGAAAUUCUGGGAACAAGUUGAGUUUGUGUUCGGGUGGUUGUAUUUCCUAGAAAUGCUGCUAAAAGUCUACUCUUUAGGGUUUGAAAACUACUGGAGGGCUGGUCAGAAUCGUUUCGACUUCAUCAUCACAAUGCUCAUAGUGAUCUUCGAAACAGCAACUUUUGUUUCUCCAGAAAGACUGCUAUUUCUCUCAAAUGGACAAUGGAUUCGCUAUCUCCUCAUUGCCAGGAUGCUGCGACUCAUAAGGCUCUUGCUUUUUGUUCCUCGUUACCGAGCCUUUGUUGCCACAUUCCUCAAUCUGAUCCCGAGUUUAAUGCCUUACCUGGGAACCAUCUUCUGUGUGCUAUGCAUGUACUGCUCUUUAGGGGUGCAGAUCUUUGGCGGGCUUGUCAAUUCUGGAAACGCGCGUUUGGCAGAGACGCCUCUUGCAGAUAAUGACUAUCUGGUUUUCAAUUUCAAUGACUACCCGAGUGGAAUGGUGACACUGUUUAAUCUCCUAGUGACUGUAAACUGGCAAGCAUGGAUGCAGAGCUAUAAACAGCUGACAGACUCUGCCUGGUCUUACGCGUACUUUGUGAGCUUCUAUCUAGUAACCGUUCUGCUGCUUCUGGAUUUGGUAGUCGCCUUCGUGUUGGAUGCAUUCUUUGCUCGUAUGGAGUUAGAAGAGGCGGAUAAGGAUGACAGGGACGAGGUAAGUGUAAGUAAGGAUGACAGGGACGAGGUAAGUGUAAGGAAGGAGUCAAGAAGACGAUAUGCCAAAAUGAAAACACCAACCCGUAAGGUCGACAUUCUCCUUCGUCAUAUGUUGAGCCCGGAGCUGGAUCAACACGCGCAGGCACAGUAUUACGGUGUUUGAAUUGCGUUGCCGUAGACGCAUACUACAAGUUUUGAAUUCAUAUCUGUGAUCACAGAGUAUAGUUAGUGUUCAGAGUCGUUGGCUUGGUAGAAUUUUUGUGGUUUAUUAUAGCUUGUAUUGAUUCUAUUGAAUAAUGAACUUGAUCACCACCAUAUGUAUCUGUAAUAUAGUUUUAUAUUUUAUUUUACGAUUAGCAAAUGUCAGGAGCUGCAAUUUGACAUGCCUUGUUCAUAACCUUAAUGAAUACUCUUGCUGUA